UUUGAGGGGAAAAAACGCACGAGCUCUUUAAUUGCUUUUAAUUCCAACUCUUUCUACGUUCUUUUCUCUCUCUACUUCAUUCUUUUCUCUCUCCUGUUCGAACCUCCAUCACUGUAAUUUUACUUCAAUUUUCUCUCAAAUUUCAAUCGAAUCACACUAGGUCAAGAUUUUGAAAGCAAAAUUCUGCAGAUUUUGUUGAAUGUGAAUUGCACAUGCUAUAUUUUGAGAUCAAUAUGAGUGACAUAGAGCAUAGGACUCUUUCGCAAGAGGAAGAUGCAAGAGGAUUGGAGCUUAGUACCUAUGUAAAAGCUCCGAGGGAAAGACGAGUGAGAAAUCUUGAAGUGUCUAAGGCACAUACUAGUACAAGCAUGGUAAUCCAGAUGCUACCUAUCUUAGACACACAAAAUCAAAGUACCCUUUGUACUCGAAUGUCUCCUACCCAGCUAUACUAUAUGAUCAACAACUUAAAUGAUGACCAACGUCAAGCAGUCUAGGAGAUCGGGUUUGGUGCUUUACUCACUCUAGGUUUUGGGGAGUUGUUCCCUAAAUUAAGCCUUUGGCUUGUUCAGAAUUUCGACCCAUAUAGCCGACCUUUGUAUCUACAAGAUGGGAAAAUCAAUAUUGAUGCAGAGGAUUGCAUUUGACUCUUGGUCUUCCGAUGGGUGCAAAAGUAGUGAAAGAAGCUAAAAGUGAUCAUGAAAUAGAACAUUUUAGUGUGUUAUUAAGUAAGUGGAGGAAUAUAUGGGGUUUGAAGAUUGGCAAUCCUGCUAUAAGCCAAAUGUGUGAUAAGAUUCUUAAUCUCGAAUAUAAAGAUGAUUUUAAAAGGAAUUUUGUGGUUUUUGUUGUUUUUAGUUGUUUGAAUGGUCAUAAAGAUGUAAAGUGCAACUAUAAGAUAUUGUUUUCUUUGAUGAAAACAAGUGAGAAGUCAAUUCAAUUGGUCCCAAUACACAAUCCAAAGCUUAGUAGAUGUUGUCUUGUGUUGGAGAGAGAACCCAAGUGCUAAUUUUAAGGGCUCUGUGCUAUUUCUCAUGGUAAUUACUCUACACAUACUCUUCUAGCUUGUGUAUCUAUACGUUUUAGCUAGUGUGUCCACAAGUUUUAGCUAGUGUAUCUGUAAAUUUUAGUUGGUGUAUGUGUAAGUUUUAGCUAGUGUAUCUGCACGUAUUAUUAUUAAUCUCAUCAUUAAACCUAUUAUUAUAUCUGAUUUUGUAUUUAUUAACCUAUGGUAUUAUUCUUUAUUUUUGUUUUGAUUUGUACAUUCCAUUUCUUGUUGAGCAGUUAUUCUACUUUGAUAAAGUAGAUUUAUUGGAGGAAAAGUGGAUAGGAAGGUUCUUGUUAUUUCAUGCUGGAAUUCAUCUACAAUAGGAAAAAGAAUUACAGAUGAGUUAAAUGCAGGAAGGUUUGGAGUAGGCAGAAUUUUGCCUUCCUUGAGUUAUAUUAGAAAGAAGAAGAAUAAAAGGAAAGAAGCAAGCGAUGUAUCUGAAGCUGAUUCAUCCCUUUCGUCAAAAGAGGAUUUUGUUAAGAAGGUUUGUUCUAUUACCAACCAAAUAUCAAAAAUUUUGUUGAGUUAGGAGAAGUGAUCGCAAAGGGUGACAAGGAUUUUCCCGGCAUUGAAAACAUAAAGAAGAUACAAAGAGUUGCCACAGAGGCAUUUACUAAAGUUUCUCCGAUACAAGCAGAUGGUAGUGAUUUUGACGCUUUUCUUGGACAACUAGGAGUUCUCGAAGAAAUUGAUCGUAUUGAGAAGUCUUAUGACAAGACUAACAAGACUUCUAAGAAAAAGGCUUGUGAGAAAAAAUGUCCAUAGACUUGGCAAGAGAAUGACUUUCCAUCAUUUAGCCUAGGUAUUGAUCUCACACCACCUAUGGACAUGCCACCCAACAUUAAUGUAGUGGUUAAGAAUCAAUGAGGUGGGAAGACAGAAGGCAAAAAAGAUGUUUCAACUUAUCAAAUUGAAAGCACAAAUGAAUAUAAAGCUGAAAGAGAUCGCCCUCAAAGGAAGCCAAAGAACCUUCCUUCGUAUCAUAGGUCUCCUUAUUAUGAUCAUUACAUUGAUGUGCUAAAAAAGAUGACUAAGGUUGAGAAGAUGUUGUGCAAUUAUGUUUUGGAUACCGGAGAUUCGAAUGAGGUCUUUUAUCAUAAUGGAGAUUUUCAUGUUGAACGUCAUCAUGUUUCAUCACUUUUGGAAGGUGUGGUGACAAAGAAUAUUGUUGAUAUCUGGGCAUUGAUUUUGAAUCAAAAGGAUUUAGGCUGUGGGUUUGCAUCACCAAAGAGAUUUUUCUGUAGUGCCACAGCUUGUGCAUUUUUUCCUGUUAUCCAUCAUGGAUGUUAUAUAGUUCUCUGUUUUAAUUUCAAGUAUUCUAAGGUUGACGUGAUUGACCAAAGGAUUUUGACUAGCAAAAUCAAUGAAAUUUAUGGUGGCUAUCUAUCAAUUUUGGCUUCAUUCCUUUCAGAAUUUUUGAAAGAAAGAAAGGAUCCAAGAGCUAAUUUGGUAGCUAAUUUCGAGCCAAGAGUAAUCAGAAUGAUAUGGAAAUCAAAUGAGCUUGAUGUUGUGGAUAGUAUUACAAUGGGACACAUGGAAACUUACAUGGGACAUGGAAAUUCUUGGGAUACAAUUCUUAAAAAACCUAAUGACCAUAUUCUAAAAACUUUGAGAGCAAAAUAUUGUUAUGAUAUUUUGAAGAACGAGCACAACAUGGUCAAAGAAGAUGUGUUGAAGAAAGCAAAGUUGGCGAAUUGAAUAUAUAGUUGAUUUUUAGUGUAGAAAGGGAAAUUCUUGGUGCAUGUAUCUACAAUUGUGUUGUGAUGUACUUACUAUGAUUUUGUAAUGUAAAUACUUAGGAUUGGCAAUUGAAUGGUGAUUUUGACGUGGUUUAGAGGCCUCCUCCCACUCUUUACAUUUUGAUUAGUAACAUUUCUUCUAUUAUUGUAAAAGAUUGAUAAAGAUUGUAAAAGAAGUCUAGUAGACUUGUUUUUCUUC